GCACGCGCCCCUCAUUCCACGCUACACCACCGCACCAACCCGAGAAAGAACAACACUAGGCACCAGCAUCCGGCAGCACACUCUCCGUCCCGAGAAGGCAAAGCAAAGCUAACCUCGCUGCAGUUCCCACUCUUCGCCACGACUCGAUUCGAUUCGUCGGCACCUCCCUUCUUCUCGAAGCUUCUAGUGCCCUGCCGUCUCGCUUCCGCACCAACCCAGUCCAAGCCUACCUCGCUGCCGAGAGUGGCCGCCGCCGCCGCUGCUUGGUGGUUACUGCAAGUGCUAGUGUCGGUCGGUGGGAUGCCCGCCGGGACGGUGGACGCGGCGCCGCGCCGCCAGUAAAAGCGGCGGAGGCUUGUCUCUCGCCGGGCGCAAACCCGGUUUUAACCGCCGCUGACAUCGCCCGCCGACGCCAAUUCCGGCCCCGCACCGCGCCAUGGACGCCGCCUCUCGCCCCGCGGUCGUCAUCGACAACGGCACCGGAUACACGAAGAUGGGAUUCGCCGGGAACGUGGAGCCCUGCUUCAUCACCCCCACCGUCGUCGCCGUCAACGACUCAUUCUCCAACCAGGCGAGGGCCACCACUAAGGGGAACUGGAUGGCGCAGCACAACGCCGGUGUCAUGGCCGAUCUCGACUUCUUCAUAGGGGACGAGGCUUUAGCUCGGUCCCGUUCUAGCAGCACAUACAGCCUCAGCUACCCCAUUCGCGGCGGCCAGGUUGAGAAUUGGGAUACCAUGGAGAAGUUCUGGCAGCAGUGCAUUUUCAAUUACCUCCGGUGUGAUCCAGAAGAUCACUAUUUCCUACUGACAGAGAGCCCGCUGACUCCUCCUGAAACUCGGGAGUACACUGGGGAGAUCAUGUUUGAGACGUUCAAUGUGCCCGGUCUGUACAUAGCGGUUCAACCUGUCCUUGCCCUCGCUGCAGGAUACACAACAACAAAGUGUGAAAUGACAGGUGUUGUAGUUGAUGUGGGUGAUGGAGCUACCCACAUUGUUCCUGUUGCUGAUGGGUAUGUCAUUGGGAGCAGUAUCAGAUCUAUUCCACUUACAGGCAAGGAUGUUACCCAGUUUAUUCAGCAACUUAUGAAGGAAAGAGGUGAACACAUUCCACCAGAAGAAUCUUUUGACGUGGCAAGGAGGGCGAAGGAAAUGUACUGCUAUACCUGUUCGGACAUUGUGAAGGAAUUUAAUAAGCAUGACAGAGAGCCCUCCAAGUACAUAAAACACUUGACUGGCACCAAACCAAAAACUGGUGCUCCAUACACCUGUGACAUUGGAUACGAGCGCUUCCUGGGCCCUGAGAUUUUCUUCCAUCCUGAGAUUUACAAUAAUGACUUCACCACCCCUUUGCAAGAUGUUAUUGACAAAUGCAUCCAAUCAUCCCCAAUCGACACAAGGAGGGCUCUUUAUAAGAAUAUUGUCUUGUCUGGGGGAUCGACUAUGUUUAAAGAUUUCCACAGAAGAUUACAGCGGGACCUAAAAAAGAUUGUGGAUGCACGGGUCCGUACAUCUAAUGCUCGACUUGGUGGAGAUACAAAGGCCCAACCCGUAGAAGUCAAUGUGGUUAGUCAUCCAAUUCAAAGAUAUGCAGUUUGGUUUGGUGGGUCUGUGCUUGCUUCUACAGCUGAAUUCUAUGAGGCUUGUCACACAAAAGCAGAGUAUGAAGAGUACGGUGCAAGCAUCUGCCGAUCAAAUCCAGUCUUCAAAGGGAUGUACUGAACCUGCCGAUGAAAAAAAGAAGAAGAAAAACUGGCGCUGGGCAUCAGAAAUAGCAUCCCCAUGCAAUCAGCCUGGGCCUAGCAGCAGCAGGCUGGCAGCAUGGUAAAACUGACAUUGUGGAGGCAGAGGCUGCCAAGGAGCCUGCCUCGCUGUACGCGCUUGUACAAAACCGGCGUGCACAUAGAUAGAUCACAUCGCCUUGAUACAUCUUUUGAAUUCAUCUGUACUUCUAGCCUAGCGAUAAGAACACUCCGCGAGUGACCUGGAGUCUAGCGGGUAGCGAGCUGUGAACGGCAUGCUGUUGUAUAAUCUGACUGAAUUGGAAUAUCGCUGUAACAGUAACUUUUCGUACUCCUACAAUUUGUGGGGUUUAUCUGGUAUUGUUCCAUGCACCUUUCCCGUGAA